AUUAUCGUAAAAAAUAUUAGUCAUAAUUAAAUUUCUCCACGUAUGCUUGUAACUGUUAUUAUCAAAUUCAGACAUUUGUUUUUUUUGGUGUCAAUUGUGUACCACAGCUAAAAAAAGAUGGAUGGGUCGGUCAUCUACCAUAUAUCUGGAAGACAACACCAAAUACAGUCAUUGGAACAGGAAUUGGAAUUAAAUGAACACUUAAAAUUAAUUUUCUCUGAAGAAGAGCAAUCUGAUGUCAAUGAUGAUGAUGAAUGGAUGAAUUGGUAUUUUUCAAAUGAGACAAGUUCAGAGUUGAUUCAAGAUUUUAAUGAUUUUCCCGAUUUUCAAGUUGCGGUUGAAGAGUUAAACAACUCAAUUAUACAGACCUAUCAAUCAAAACCGGGAGAACCAGGAAGACCGGAAUUAGGAUACAAUCGCCCGAAAUUUCAAUCGUUUAAAAGCAAUGAUAAUAGGAUUAAACAACAAAGGCUAUCAAAGUCUAAUAUUAAUCAAUUAUUAAUUAAAUUAAAUGCCAAACAAAACUCGUCUAACCAUAUCAUCUAUUGGGACAAACUAUUUCUAAAGUCUUAUAGAUUAAUACAAUCUCAACUAAAUCAAAAAUCUGCGGCUAAUUAUCAACGUAUACUGAUAACCGGUUCCCAGGGUUCGGGCAAAACAGCAUUGGCUGAAAAAUUGGCCGCGGAUUCGCUGGCGGUUGAUGUCCAAAAUUUAUCGUACGCCGAUAUGAUCGGCUAUACUGACCCUAAGAUUUCGAAGAUAAUACGGAAAAUGUUUUACGAGUCAUAUAAGUCGCCGUACGGUUGUAUUAUUAUCGAUGAUGUCGAAGAAUUUCUAGUUAAUCCCGUUAUUAGUGAUACAUUUAUACAGCUAAUGAUGGGUCCGCCGCCGGCCAUAACGGGCAACAAAUUGCUGAUCAUAUGUACCACUGGUGGCAAUUCUGAUGAUGAUCUUAUCAAUAAGUUUAAACAAACAAUUGAUUCAUUCAUUGACCAGACAUAUGUUGUACCAAAUAUAACCAAAGUUGACGAAAUAAUUAAUGUUUUGAUUUAUUUGCUAAUCACUAAUAAUACUAAAACUAAUGGCAAUGAUACUGAUGAUGAUAAUAAUAAUGAUAAUAACAAACGUUGUUUCGAGAUUGAACUGAUUGAUGAACUAUUGGACAAUUAUGAAACUAUUGAACCAUUUUCUAUUGGUAUUAAGAAACUAUUGUUUAAGAUUGAUUGGGCCCGACAGUUGGAUCCGUUAACCGGUGCCAAACAGUUUAUUGCUGAUCUCGGAAAAGUUGGCUAAAAGUAUUUCGGUUUUAAAAAUUUGCGUUAUAAUUGCCACAAAUAUAUAUAUAUAUAUAUAUAAUGGCUAUA